AUGGGGAACUUCAACAUGUUUCGCCGUACUCCGUCGGAGUCGGCGCCUGCCUUUGAGAGGUCUCCCGAGGAGAAAGCGCUCGUGCGACGGCUUGAUACUUUCUUCUUGACAUUCGGUUGCCUGUCUCAGAUUAUCAAGUAUCUUGAUCAGCAAAAUAUUAAUAAUGCCUACGUCUCUGGGAUGCAGGAGGAUCUUCAUCUCUAUGGUGACGAGUUGAACUUAUUCACGACCUACUUCAAUGUCGCAUACUGCAUCAUGCUGAUCCCCUCACAAAUUAUCAUGACCUACGUCCGUCCGAGCUAUUGGCUUCCCGGUCUGGAAUUGAUCUGGGGUCUAAUGACUGGACUUAUGGCCAUGACCACCAGCGCGAAGCAAGUAUACGUCUUGCGCGUAUUCCUCGGUCUUUGCGAGAGCUCAGCAUGGCCAGGAUUCAUGACCUUACUUAUGUACUGGUACACCCCAACAGAGCUAGCCAAACGCAUGGGUUUCUACCACUCGUGCCAAGGGAUGGGAACUUUAUUUGCAGGCUUCAUGCAAGCCUCCAUCUCCAGCACAAUGGACGGCACCGGUGGCCUAGCAGGGUGGCGCUGGCUAUUCGUAAUCAAUGCCAUAAUCACAGUCGUCUGGGGCUUCGCAGGCUUCUUCAUGAUCCCAGACACUCCCAACAAGCCCAACCCGCGCGCAUUCUGGUUCAAGAAGAACCACGGCGAAAUGUCCAUGGAGCGUCUCGCUCGCAAUGGUCGCGCUGAACCGAAGCGUAUUACGUGGGCUAGUGCGAAGAGGACAUUCUCUGGCUGGGUCGUUUACUUUGUUGCGACACUUUAUGCUGCCACUGUUCUAGGGACCUAUGGUUAUGUGUAUUUCUCGCUUUUCUUGAAAUCGCUCAAGAAUCCCGAUGGAAGCCAGAGGUGGAGUACGUCCGAGGUCAACGCUAUUCCGAUCGGAGGGUCUGCGAUAAAUGUAGUUUUCGUGUGGAUUUGGGCUCUUUUAUCUGAUUUCUUACGAACUCGAUGGACGCUCAUCGUGCUCCAGGCUGUUAUCGGGAUCAUUCCGUGCAUUAUCAUGAGCAUUUGGACUUCACACCCCAAUACGGUGGCUCUUUCAGCUGCCUAUGCGUCUUACUUCAUCUCAUAUAUUUGUCUCGGCACGGCACCUCUGAUUUUCGCCUGGCUUUCUGAUCUGAUUCCUCAAGACCCCGAGGUACGCUCACUUGUUGUUGGUGUUUCGGUUGCUGGUUAUUAUGCUAUCUCGGCUUGGUCGCAAGUUCUUGUGUGGCCCGCUACUCAGGCACCAUAUUACAAAUAUGGAUGGCAGUCUGCGUUGGCUUUGUUGGUUCUCGUUAUUAUUAUGACCUGUGCUUUGAGGUAUAUUGAUGUGAGAUACCUACUGCCGAAGCGGGAGGAGUUCCAGGCGGAGAUAGAUGGUCAGGAGGUUGGGGGGAAAGAUAGUGUUUUAACUGCAUUGGAGGAUGAGGAUCAGGCUGGAAAGGCUGGCCCGUCUGGUUACGAUCGCAAGACGGUUCAAUCACAUGCUGUGAACGAGGUAUGA